UCUCGUUAAUUCCUGCAGGACGCUGCCGCUCCCGUUUCAUCCGAUCGGACCAGGAACGUGUCGAAAGUACCUAUUCUGUCGUACUUUUUAGUAAGUUCAAACUAGUCGAAUUGAAUUAACAUUCCCAGGUGAACGUAACGACGACCAUUUUUCAACUUUUCAUCAUUAAACCUCAACCGGCUUUAUUCGAACUAGUAUGGUCCGAGGUGGUCGCGGUGGAAUGAUCCGUGGAGGAAGAGGCGGAAUGGGACGAGGCAUGGGCUUUCAGAGGAAACAGUUCCUGCCUCGCCAUCCUUUCGAUUACACACUCUGCGAGAGUGCCUUCCCCCGGGUGAAGCCAGCGCCAGAUGAGUCGGACUUCACGACUGCGCUCUUGAAGAAGAACACGGACAUGUCUCCUACUCCGAAGGAGCAGACUUCGAUUUUGAAUCUCGUGACCAAGCUGCAAAGCGUUCUCGAUAACUUGAUCGUCGCGCCUGGAACUUUUGAUGCGUGUCAAUUGGAAGAAGUGAGACAAGUCGGUAGCUUUAAAAAGGGUACCAUGAUCAAGGGCCACAACGUCGCUGACAUCGUCGUAAUUCUGAAGACUUUGCCGACCAAAACUGCAGUGGAAGCACUCGGCACGAAGGUCUUCACGGACCUGAAAACCGUGAACCCCAAAGAAGUGUUCAGACUGACUCAAACUGAACGAGGAUUCGAUAUAUCCAACAACGAGGGUACCGUGAGAGUACUCAUCACCACUCUGCACCAAAACCUGCGCAAGUUGGAGUCUGAUCAGCAUUUGGAUGUCAAGAUCUGUCAAGGACACUUGGCAGCAAUCAGGCACUCUAGAUGGUUUGAAGAAAAUGCGCAUCAUUCCAGCAUUAAAGUCUUGAUCAGAUUGCUUCGAGACUUAAGAAGUAGAUUCGAGGGACUCGAACCGCUCUCUCCGUGGAUGCUCGACUUGUUAGCGCAUAAUGCAAUAAUGAACAAUCCCAGCCGACAAGCUUUACCGAUCAACCAGGCGUAUAAGAGAGUGCUGCAGCUUCUCGCUUCGGGACUCUUCCUUCCUGGAUCUGCAGGAAUUUCAGACCCCUGCGAAGGUGGAAACAUUCGAGUGCACACCGCCAUGACCCUGGAACAGCAAGACGAAGUGUGUCUGACUGCUCAGACCUUGUUACGUGUGUUAGCUCAUGGCGGUUACAGACCAUUGCUGGAAGGCAGCAACAAGUUAGCCGUAGAAAUGAGUGUCUGGGCAGGUGGAGUCGUUGCUAGUCCUCUAGAAAAGGCUUACGAACCCCCAACCGAACAGGAGCAACAAGAGGACAUGGAGGAGAGUAACGAAGAGAUGAUAACAGAGACCGCCUAACCUAACCUAACUUACAAACUCCAUUCGUCCAGUUAAAUCGCGCAACAUUCGUUCAUUAUUUAUUUCAACUUAGUGUACAAUGAUGAACGGUUUCCACCCUCAGGCGAUAUCUACAAUACGCGAGUUUCGCUGAUAAGUAUAGUUCAGUCUCCAGAAUGAUAUUGUGCGUGAAAUUAUGAAAUGAGACCCUCCGACUUGUUCGUAACAUUAGGCCUGAUUAUUUAGUCCUCUGGCGCGUUUCGGUUGACACCUUCCACCGAAUGUUUCAGGAAGAACACAUUGUACUUUGUCCAUCGCUGUAAGUUAAGUGUCGAGUAAAUUGAUACGAGCGUAAA